GUCUGUUUGUGGCAGCAGUGUGGAAGUAUCAAAACUUAUAGCGAGGCUCGACUCACUUGGACAAACAACAAUAGAUUUGGCUCAGUCCUGGAUAAGUUUGUUGAAUUUUCGGCAACUAAAUGGAGGCGAAGAACUAACCUGCUGCCUCUCGACCGACAUCGAUUGCCUGAACAGAAUAAUAUGGUGAAGAGCAAGUGGUAGGAGCUGUAAAAAAAAAAAAAAAAAAUUUUUUUAAAAAUGAGCAAAAAGUAUGAAUCAGCAAACGUGUCUGAGGUGGAGGAACACAUUUCUCUAAAGUAUGAAAUCAAGAAGAGACUUGGAAAGGGGGCCUAUGGCAUCGUAUGGAAGGCAGCUGACAGACAGACCAGGGAGAUUGUGGCUGUGAAAAAGAUCUUUGAUGCCUUCAGAAACAGGACAGAUGCCCAGCGGACAUUCAGAGAAAUCAUGUUCCUUCAGGAGUUUGGAGAUCAUCCCAAUAUCAUCAAACUUCUAAACGUCAUCCGAGCACAAAAUGAUAAAGACAUUUACCUCAUCUUUGAAUAUAUGGAUACUGACUUGCAUGCAGUGAUCAAGAAAGGCACCCUACUGAAGGACAUCCAUAAACGUUAUGUGAUGUACCAGCUCUUCAAAGCCAUCAAAUACUUGCAUUCAGGAAACGUUAUCCACCGGGACCAAAAGCCAUCCAACGUGCUGUUGGACACUGACUGUGUAGUCAAGCUGUGUGAUUUCGGCCUGGCCAGAUCACUCAACCAGAUCCAAGAGGACAGUGGGAAUCCUGCACUGACGGAGUAUGUGGCGACACGGUGGUACCGAGCUCCUGAGAUCCUGCUGGGGUCCACAAGGUACACUAAAGGUGUAGACAUGUGGAGCCUUGGCUGUAUCCUGGGAGAGAUGCUGCUGGGAAAAGCCCUGUUCCCCGGGACAUCCACCAUUAACCAAAUAGAGAAGAUCAUGAGUGCCAUACCACACCCCGGCCCAGAAGAUAUUCUCGCAAUCAAGUCUGAAUAUGGAUCCUCUGUCAUUCAGAGAAUGUUACUGAAACCACAAGUGCCUCUGGAGGAUCUUCUCCAGCCAUCUGUGCCUCCUGAUGCUCUGGACCUGCUGAAGGGUUUGCUAGUUUUCAACCCAGACAAGCGGCUGAAUGCUGAGCAAGCCCUCCAACACCCAUAUGUAGCCAGGUUCCAUAAUCCAGCCAAGGAGCCAGCCCUUAACUAUGACGUAGUGCUGCCGAUAGAUGAUGAUAUACAAUUAUCUGUGGUUCAAUACCGCAACAAACUUUACGAGAUGAUACUGGAGAGGAGAAUUAAUCAGGGGAUGCUAGGUCUGAUCCAGCCAAAGGAUAUACACUGUGUCAGUAGCAGGGAGAAGCCCAGUUUGAAGGAUAAAGGAGAGAAGGACCGAGGGGCAGUGAAUGGCGAUGGUAUUGGCGAACAUGAGGGAAAACCACAACAUGAAAAGACUGAUGAGAAAAACCACCUGCUUUCACAUACAGGCGUCAUCAAAUCUGGGCCUGUGAAUGUAUCCCCCCAGCCUGCUGUGGAGAAGACGAGUCCAUUAGUUAGCCCUGACGUGGGAAAACUCACAUAUAAUCCCAUCACACAUGCCCCAAACGGUUUUGUCCGGAGCCCGGCUUGUCCUCCCCAUUAUUACCACUCUACUACAAGCAGUAGGAAACUAGUGGGACAGACCAGAAAUGGAAAUGCAACUGCAUCACCAACAGAGGGCACCAAUGCUUAUACAUCCAUGGACCAGAUUCUUCAGCGUGGAUGCUCAGCCCCUGUGGCCCAUAACCGUUCCUUCUCCUUGACCCUAAACCAAACGCAGAACAACCCGCUAGUACGCAAGGAUGAGCCAUCUUUGUCCUCGGGGCUACAUGUCCAAUCUGCACGACUGAACCAGCGCUCCAACCCUCCGGUUCGUGAGGCUCGUCCCCCGCCACACUUCAGCAAGAAAGUAUUUCAGAGUAACUGUAAUGUGGCAGCUGCGGGUGAUCCUCGAGCCAAACUAGGCAGUUAUUCCCAGGCCUAUGGUACUAUCAACAAGACUGAACUGGACAAUCUGCUUCGAAGUCGUCCUUACAACCAGUAACUGCUGUCAUGCCAGUGGUUACAUAGGGGUUGGGUGGUGCCCGUGUUUAAACACACAACAAAGUCUGCCUAGGCGUGUGGCAAACUCAAAGCGAUCUUGUAAAAAGAAACUCUUCAGACUGUUAUGUCAAACACUUUGUGUACUGUGUAGAAUGUACCCAUAGCGACAUGGACUUCCGUUUGCUGUCUGUGACAGUGAAUACAUAUUUGUAAAAUCCUAUGUGACUUCAUAUUACGUUUAUCAAACUAUACCAGCAGUUAAUGAGAAUAUGCAUGUGUGUCAUUUUUUUAGGAAGUUUCACUUUACAAGGCUGGAUUACCAGCCGAGCACAGCGGGCACACUGCCCUGAAGCCCAAGACUUUCAGGGGCCCUGAAGGCCCCAUUUUCAUUGAGUGUUAGAUGGUUUGUGAUAAUUUGAUUAAUACAAAUUUCUUUGGGAAUAUGCACCACUUUAGCACAUUAUCAGCUGAAAGUUUGUCUACCUGUCUAUAAAAGAGGCCGUGUGUCAAAAUUCACCUGCCAAAUAUUCCUAAAUACAUUUGUGUUUCACCCAAGUAUCACAAACGGGGUCAGUAGGGGCCCAGUACAGGGUUAAACCAGCCAUGACUUUUCUUGUUGAUCUACUGUAUGUAGCUAAUGACCUAAAGCUUAACAUUUUAUGUACAUUAAGUCAGUGGGUUUCAGAUGGACACAGAAUAACUGGAAAAUCUACAAAUUGUUUUUUGAAUUGUUUAUAUGAAAUAAGUAUUUAUCUUUGAGUACAGAGCCUACUUGUUCUUCUAUUGUGUACAGAAAGAAAAAGAUUAAUGUUUCUUGAAACCAGUUUAUAAUGUUUAACAGAUUACUGUGUCUGCAGACUACCAGAAAGU